AUGUUCGUUUUAUUUGUGAAAUGUUCUAUUCUUUGUUGUUUGGUGAAAUAUGGUGAACCUGCAAGGAUUCUGGGUGUGUUUCCCAUGUCUUCUGGGAGUCACCACAUCCUGGUUUACAAACUGAUGAAAGGUUUAGCCGAUGCAGGACACGAUAUCACCAUGGUAACACCUUAUGAACAAGAGAAUAUGCCAAAAACUAAAGGAAAUUAUAGUGAAAUUAUUUUGGAUGAAAUGAGAGAGCUUAUUAGUGCACAACACAAAAACCUGGACUUGUUCAAUAUGGGCAAACAAAACAUGGCCGUCAUGAUGCCACUACUCAUCACUAUAUUCGGAAGGAACAUAAACAAUACCUUGCACCAUCCAAAAGUGAGGGCCUUACUGAGUUCCAACGAAAAAUUUGACGCAGUCAUUGUGGAACACUUCAUGGCAGACGUCAUGAAGAUAUUUCCAUCAGUUUUCAACUGCCCUCUCAUAUUGUUGUAUAGUAUGGGACCAAAUAGUUGGAUCAAUCCAAGCGUAGGAAACCCGCAAGAGAUUUCCUAUGCCAGACACUUAUAUUCUAGAGGCAAUAAUGCAGUACCCAUGACGUUUUUCGAUAGAAUAAUUAAUGUAUUGUAUCACGUAUUCGAUUACUUAUUGAACACAUUCUAUUAUCACCCUUUAUGCGACAAACUGUUACGUAAUGCAUAUCCAGGAGUUCCAGAUACCAAAUCGUUAGCCCCAAAUGCUUCCUUAGUACUGCUAAACUCACAUACCAGUCUCUAUCCGGCUCAUCCGCUGGUACCAAAUAUGGUAGAGAUUGGAGGAUACCAUGUUGAUCCUCCUGGAAAGCUACCAAAAGACUUACAGGAGUUUUUGGAUAAUGCCAAAGAUGGAGCGGUAUAUUUUAGUAUGGGAUCAAACCUAAAAAGUAAACUGAUGUCUGAAGAAAGAAAAAAAAUUAUUUUGAACGUUCUGGGAAGAUUGAAGCAGAAAGUUAUUUGGAAAUUCGAAGAGGAAUUACCUGGAAAGCCUGAUAAUGUGCUGAUUAAAAAAUGGCUGCCUCAGCAAGACAUCCUGGCUCAUCCUAACAUCAGACUGUUUAUAACCCACGGAGGAUUACUGAGUACCACCGAAACAGUAUACCACGGAGUACCGAUUCUAGCUAUCCCGGUUUUUGGAGAUCAGCCAGGCAAUGCAGAAAAAGCCGAAUACGCAGGUUACGCCUUGAAACUGGGUUACCAUGACGAGAAUUUCACAGAAGAAAACUUGGAAAAGUCAAUUCUUGAACUGCUGAAUAAUCCAAAGUACCGUGAAAAUGCUCAAAGGAGGUCCAAAUUGUUCCACGACAGACCGAUGAAGCCCAUGGAUACCGCAAUAUACUGGGUGGAAUAUGUGAUAAGGAACAAUGGUGCUCAGCAUUUAAGAAUCGCUGGUGCAGACCAAGCAUGGUACGAGUACUAUCUGGUGGAUGUAGUACUGUUUCUUCUAGCUUGUUUAGUUGUAGUCUUCGAAAUCUCGAAAUUUGUUCUUAAAAAAGCAUUUUUAGUUGUAAGAUCUAAACUCAGUCCCAAACAAAAACUUAAAACUAAAUAAAUUAGCCUUUUAAUGAGCUUAAAAUAAUUAAAGCAGGGUACAGUGGUUCCCUUUAAUUAGCUGCGCGGUCAUAACUGUUAUAUAUCUUGUUAGCGCCUUCGAUAGCUCUGGUUCCGAGUGUUACUUGCCCUUACUAGCGGCGGCUAGGUUGAAUAACAUUGACACAUUAAAUUUUCAAUUACUGUAUUGAAAGAAAAUUAUAAAAAUGGAAACGUGAUUGUGUAAUUAUAAUAAUUGCAAUG